GCGGCUCGCACGGCCGCUCCGCUCCUCUCCAGCCGAGUGUUGGGAAGAGGAGGAGGAGGAGGGAGGGAGGAAGGGGGGGUUUUCUUGCUUUCUUUCCCCCCUUCCUCCUCCUCCACCUCUCCCCUCCCAAAACAGAACCCCAAGCCCGAUGCCGCCGGCCUGAGCUCGCCGGGACGAUGCUGCCUCUGCUGCCGCUGCUGCUGUUGGGCUCCCCGGGGCUGAGCCUGCCCUCGGGGGGGCCGGAGGUGGACACUCAGCUGGUCACUCCCCUCCGCCUGGACCCCGAUAUCAACGGCCGCUCUUACUUCAGGAGGGGGUCUUCCGAACCCCCCCGGGGAGAACAAGCGGUGGUUUUUCAGCUUUCGGCUUUCGGGGAGGAUUUUUACCUCCACCUCUCCCCCGACGCCCAUUUCAUCGCUCCCGCCUUCGCCGCCCAGCACCUGGGAGUCGCGCCCGGUGCCGCCCGCCCCCUCCCCAACCUCCGCCACUGUUUUUAUUCGGGGGAUGUCAACGCCGACCGGGAAUCUUUCGCCGCCCUCAGCCUUUGCGGGGGGCUCCGGGGGGCUUUCGGUUACCGUGGAGCCGAAUAUAUCAUCAGCCCUCUGCUGGGGGGGGCGGCCGGGGGUGUCCAUCGCCUCCAGCGCCGCACCCCCGCUCACCCCGCCGGGGCCGGAGCGUCCCGGUGCGCCGUGGGCUCCGGGCUCACCCCCGGGGUGCUGCAGGCGUUGGACAAGUACCGGGGACGCGGAGGGGGGAAAGGGGGUCGGGCCAAACGCUUUGCCUCGGUCCCUCGUUACGUGGAGACCUUGGUGGUGGCCGACGAGUCGAUGGUGAAGUUCCACGGGGACGACCUCCAGCACUACCUGCUGACCCUGAUGGCCACGGCCGCGCGGCUCUACAAGCAUCCCAGCAUCCGGAACCCCAUCCAGAUCUCCGUGGUCAAGUUCCUCCUCAUCGGGCAGGACGACAAGGGGCCGAAGGUCACCGGCAACGCUGCCCUCACCCUCCGCAACUUCUGCGCCUGGCAGAAGAAGUGGAACAAGGUCAGCGACAAGCACCCUGAGUACUGGGACACUGCCAUCCUCUUCACCAAGCAGGACCUAUGCGGGGCCACCACCUGCGACACGCUGGGGAUGGCAGACGUGGGCACCAUGUGCGACCCGAAGCGCAGCUGCUCGGUGAUCGAGGACGAUGGCCUGCCCUCGGCGUUCACCACCGCCCACGAGCUGGGUCAUGUCUUCAACAUGCCCCACGACAACGUGAAGGCCUGUGAGGAGGUCUUCGGCCGGCUGAAGACCAACCACAUGAUGUCCCCCACCCUCAUCCAGAUCGACCGUGCCAACCCCUGGUCAGCCUGCAGUGCUGCCAUCAUCACCGACUUCCUCGACAGCGGCCAUGGGGACUGCUUGCUGGACCAGCCUGCCAAACCCAUCCCACUGCCUGAAGACCUGCCAGGGACCAGCUACAGCCUGAACCAGCAAUGCGAGCUGGCCUUCGGGGUGGGCUCCAAGCCCUGCCCCUACAUGCAGUACUGUGCCAAGCUCUGGUGCACAGGCAAAGCCCGCGGGCAGAUCGUCUGCCAGACCCGCCACUUCCCCUGGGCUGACGGCACCAGCUGCGGCGAGGGACGCUUCUGCCUGAAGGGUGCCUGCCUUGAGAGGCACAACAUCAGCAAGUACAGGGUGGACGGUGGCUGGGCGAAGUGGGCACCCUAUGGGCAGUGCUCGAGGACAUGUGGUGGAGGUGUGCAGCUGGCCAAGAGGGAGUGCACCAACCCAGUGCCUGCCAACGGAGGGUCCUACUGCGAGGGCAUCCGCGUCAAGUACCGCUCCUGCAACCUGGAGCCCUGCUCUGCCACAGUGCCAGGGAAGAGCUUCCGUGAGGAGCAAUGUGAGGCUUUCAACGGCUACAGCCACAGCACCAACCGCCUCACCGCCUCCGUCUCCUGGGUCCCCAAGUACUCUGGCGUGUCCCCCCGGGACAAAUGCAAACUCAUCUGCAGGGCUAAUGGCACUGGCUACUUCUACAUGCUAGCACCCAAGGUGGUGGACGGAACCCCCUGCUCUCCAGACUCCACCUCGGUCUGCGUCCAGGGCAAAUGCAUCAAGGCAGGCUGCGAUGGGAAGCUGGGCUCCAAGAAGAAGUUUGACAAAUGCAGUGUCUGUGGAGGAGACAACAAGAGUUGCAAGAAGGUCUCAGGCUUGUUCACCAAACCCAUGCACGGCUACAACUUCGUGGUGGUCAUCCCCGCUGGAGCCUCCAACAUCGACAUCAGGCAGAGAGGCUACAAAGGGCUGAUCAGCGACGACAACUACCUGGCGCUGAAGAACGGGCAGGGCAAGUACCUGCUGAACGGCCACUUCAUCGUCUCGGCCGUGGAGCGGGACCUGCUGGUGAAGGGCAGCGUCCUGCGCUACAGCGGCACCGGCACCGCCGUCGAGAGCCUCCAGGCCUUCAAGCCCAUCCAGGAGCCCCUGACUCUGGAGGUGCUCUCCGUGGGGAAGAUGACCCCUCCCCGGGUACGCUACUCCUUCUACCUGCCCAAGGAGAGCAAGGAGGACAACAAGUCCGCCUACAAAAAGGAGGGCAAGACCCCACCCGACCUCAACAACAGCGUCCUCAGCCUCUCCAACCGGUUGGACGGGGGCAGGCCCAGCUACAAGCGGCCUUCCUACAAGUGGGCAGCCGGCGGCUGGGAGGCCUGCUCGGUCACCUGCGGGGACGGCUUGCAGAAGAGGUCGGUGGCUUGCCGCGACUCCUACGGCCAGCCGGCCGCCGAGUGCGACGCCACGGAGCGGCCGGCGGACGUGCGGCUCUGCGGGGAGCCCUGCCCGGCCUGGCAAGCUGGACCUUGGUCUUCCUGCUCCAAGAGCUGCGGCCGCGGCUUCAAGAGACGGGCGCUGAAGUGCUCGGGGCCCGGCGGGCGCCUGCUGCCCAGGGAGAGCUGCAGUUUUCGCAGGAAGCCUCAGGAGUUGGACUUCUGCACCUCGAGGCCGUGCUGAGCAGGGCAGGGCAGGGCAGGGCAGGGCAGGGCAGGGCCUGCUGCUCCACUGGCUGCAUGUGGCCGAGCAGCAGCCCGGGCCGGCAGAGGGGGAGAUGUCCACAGCACAUAGCAAAUGGGGAAAACGAACACACAGAAGAAAUUGUGGGGGGGGGAUAAAGGGAACAAAGGGCCCUGGGCGUGGGGACAGAGCAGGCAGAGCCCAGGAGAGAGGGACUGCACUGCCCGGGUCCUCGGAGACGCAGCAGGAAUGAAUGUCUACCUCGAAGCCGCUGAACGACACGGAAACCCGCCAGGGGAGCCUGGCAGCUGAGGAGGAGGACCACUGCCCACGGGGGAGCCAAGUCCAGGCAGGGAGAUGCUCCUAAGUUGCACAGUUGAAGCCUCCCUGCACCUUCCCAGGGCCGAGCCUACCUCCUCCCUCCCCAGACUCCUCCUACACAUGGGACCAAAAGGAUUUUCCCAAUGCAACAAUGGCAGAGGACAUUGUCCAAGCCCUGGUGGGGCAAGGUGCUGGGACUGAUGCCUCCAGGGUGAUGUUUUUGCAGCUUGGAGAGCCCCAGCAGCAUCCCUGGACCAGGCUGGAAGGUGGUGGCUUUAUCUUCGUUUUCUCCUCAUGUUUAUGACCUGACCAGUGUAGAUUUUAUGGUGCUUAACUCUGUAUUGUUUUAACCUCCUUUCCUCCCCACCCACGAUGGAUGCAGACCUACAGGGAUGGUUCUUCCCAGUGGGAUCUCUCAUCUGGCUGAGGCUUUCUUACGGUGCUUUGGGAUGGGGCUGUGCCAGCAUCCAGUGUGUAGCUGGAUGCUCCUUUACAUCCCAGUUCAGGGCAGGUUUUAACCCACCUGCUUGGAGUAUUUUUAUUUUGGGGGGGGGUGUGUCUAAAAGGGAUCAUUAUGGCCCUGAGAUCUGAGCUGUCACUCCACAAAAAGCAACAAGAAACUGUACUGUAGCACCACGGUGCCCUAAGGGGUCAGAUGCAGCCCUGUAAGCUGCUGGUACUUGACUCCCCUCUGGAAAAUGGUGCUCACUGCUUAAUGGGACCAGUAUGCCAUGCCCAGGGAUCCCACUGCCCUCUCUCUCCUUCACAGGCUUUGGGUCAGGCUGGGUUGCUCUUCCUCUGCAUUAAACCUCCCUGAGAUACCCUGAGCUGAACUCGAGCAGUGCUGGUGUGACAAACACCAGCCAGGCUGGAUGAGGCCUUGAGCCACCUGCUCUAGUGGGAGGUGUCCCUGCCUAUGGUAGGGGGUUGGAACGGGAUGAUCCUUGAGGUCCCUUCCAACCUCAACCAUUCUAUGAUUCCAUCACUUUCAAGCUGUGUGAGUAGAAGAUAAAUCUGGAGGUUGGGUAUUUCCCGGGGGGAAAGAGGCUCAGCAGGGUUCAGGAGCUGAGGGGAAAGAGGGAGAGUUAAGCCUCCUGUUGCUGCAGAGCAUCUACGACCAGCUUCACCCAGGGCUCUGUGGAGGGUUUCUCUGGUACCUCUGGUGGUUAUGUAGCAUCGUGCCCAUCAUGCUCUUACCUCACACCCUGCCCUCUUCCCAAUAACCAUCAUUUCCAUCUCUUUGCUCAGACCAAAUCAUCAGGGACCACUUCACUCUCUGCUUUUCCACUGAUGAAGAUGCCUCUUAAUUAAUUAGCUGUGACUGGUUAGCAAGCCAGAGGCUCUGGGUUGAGUUCUGCUGUUACUGGGCUCGGCAGUAAGGAAUCAUAGACAGGUUCUAGGUAGGCAGAAGAUGCUGUCUCAGCAGCCACAAGCUCAGAGCCCACCUUGUUUGCUUGGUCCCACACAGAUAGAGCAAGGAAACUCCUUGUGCCCUUUGAUCUGCUCCAAAAGGUCUCCAGCUGUGGGCAAGGCAAGACAGACCCGAGGAAGCAGGACGCUGGUAGCACACAGGUUUCCUUGCUUGACCUUUCCACCAGCUCAGCAACCUCCUCCUGGCCCUGUUUGUGGGCCCAUCCUCCCUGCAUUCAUGUCAUGCCUUUUUGAAGACAAUAAUAUUUUGGGUCUCCACGCUGCGUGCCAGAGCCAGGAGCAGCUGCUGUGGUUGCUCUGCACAGCAGGGGCUGGGAUUUAACGUUCUAGGAAAUCCCUUCCAGGUCUCCACUCCCGUGAACGUCUCAUCCAUUUGCAGAGAGUUUUCCCUUCCCUUUGGGGACAGAGCUCUGAGGAGCUGCCCUUUUGGUUUUUUUUUUUCCCUUUGUUUUUUCUUUCCUUUUUGGUUUUUUUUGGGUCUUGCCAUCUAAGCCACUGAGAAAUCAUCACCCUGGGUUGAUGGGGAAGGG